GGAGGGUGUGUGUUCAGUGUGAUGCUCGCUCUACCGUUACACAAUGAUCUUUGUGCCUCGAUGCAGUUGGGGAAACUCAGCCCAGACCAUCUAAUGUAACAGUCACCGCACUGAAAAGGGAAGCAGAGCAUGGUGCAGAAUUAAGAUCAGCUCAGAUCCUCAUUAGACCACAAGCUUCGGAGACAAAAUGGACACACAGCGCAGUUUGAUCGUCUCGGUUGCUCUCCUGCUCUUCGCUAUUGUGGCUCUGCUCCUGCUCACCGUGCACGUGGACGAGAUCCAGGAACCUCCACAGUAUAUGUAUGGGAUUGUGCUGGAUGCUGGAUCUUCUCACACCACCGUCUAUGUGUAUCGAUGGCUGGCGGAUAAACAGAACGGCACGGGUGUGGUGACCCAGUACAGCGAAUGCAAGGUGAAAGGAGGCGGGAUUUCCAGUUAUGCUGGUCAGCAAGGGGCUGCAGGCCGAAGUCUGGAAGCGUGUCUCAAACAAACCAUGGUGGACAUUCCCCCAACACGACAUAACCUCACACCUGUGUACCUGGGAGCUACAGCCGGCAUGAGGCUCCUGAACAUCUCCAGCCCUGAGAAGUCAAUGCAGGUUCUUCAGGAUGUGGCAGAAACCAUCAAAUCCUUUCCUUUCAAAUAUCAAGGUGCGAGAAUCUUGAGUGGGAAGGAGGAGGGAGCAUACGGAUGGGUCACUGUCAACUACCUGCAAGAAAACUUCAUCAAGUAUGGCUUUGCAGGCCGGUGGCGUAAUGCAGACAGGGACACUUUUGGAGCACUGGAUUUAGGAGGAGCAUCCACUCAGAUUACAUUUGUCAGCAAUGAUGAAAUUGAGGAUUCGGAGAACAGCAUGACUUUGCGCCUCUACGGCCAGAACUAUUAUCUGUACACACACAGCUACCUGUGUUACGGACAAAAUGAGGUUCUGCGCCGGCUCCUGGCCCACCUGCUUACGACCCAGGACAUCACAGGCAUCGUGCACCAUCCGUGCUACCCCUCAGACCACAGUGAGACCCUGAACAUGCAGCAAGUGUUUGAGUCGCCUUGCGUUACAUCACAGCGUCCUGCUUUAUAUAACACCCAGGCUUCCGUGAUCAUACAAGGCACGGGCAACUACCAGCACUGUCUGGGGAACAUCACCGAGAUCUUCUCCUUCCAGAACUGUCCGUUCUCGCAGUGCUCCUUCGACGGAGUCUUCCAACCCAACAUCAGUGGCAGGUUCAUGGCGUUUUCAGCUUUCUUCUACACACGCAGCUUUCUGAAGGGUAGCACAGGCAUUGCCAUCAGAACCCCGGGUCACCUCCGGCAGGCCGCUCAGGCUGUGUGUAACUUGACCCUUGUGAAGAUGUCUAAGGAUUUUCCAGAACAGAAGUCGUACCUGAGGGAUUACUGCGCAGUUUCUGUGUACAUCCAGGUUCUUAUGCUAAGGGGCUACGGAUUUGACGAUCACUCCCUCCCUGGAGUUUACUUUCAGAAAUUGGCUGGGGACGGGGACACCGCUCUAGGCUGGUCGUUGGGUUAUAUGCUAAGCAUUAGCAGUUUGAUACCCGAGGAGACUGUGAAUGUGAGACGAGCCCUGAAUCCUGGAGCCUGGAUCUCCCUCAUGUUUCUCCUAGCAAUCCUCAUCAGCACCAUGCUCCUCAUCAUCAUUUUCCAAGUCUCUCGAAAGAAGAGGAGUAAUGUCUGAUCGUCACCACUAGGAGGCGUAUAAGGAUUGAGACUGCUCCUACUUGGAAAUAACUGGACAUUAUGAACUAAUUAAAGGAUUUCUAAUCCCAUAGUCAUAGCAAGACACAUUUUGUUAGUUGAAGAAUAAUUUUAAUAACAUUAACCAGUGUUUGUUUGGUCUUUUGGAUUGGUGUGACAGAAUUCAUGACUGUAAAGUUAAAUAACAAACACUAAAAAAUAAAAAAUUCCAUAUGUAAUGUGUAUAUUUGGCAGAAAGUGAACAGUCAGUUCUAAAAGCUGAUGUGUUGCAAGCAGGAAAAAUUGGCAAGCGUAAGGACCUGAGCCACUUUGACCUGUGAUUUCUAGAUGACUGGGUCAGAGCAUCUCCCAAGCAGCAGGUCUUGUUGGGCGGCCCCAAUAUGCAGUGGUUAAUAUCUAUGAAAAGAAGAACAACCGGUGAUCCAGGGCCAGGAACAUGGACCCCUGAGGCUCAGUGAUGGACAAGGGGAGUGAAGACUAGGCUGUGUUUCGAUCCCACAGAAGAUCUCACCUCUUUUACAAAAAUAUCAUAAAUAAUAAAAUAAUAUUCUCAUAUCU